AUGCAAUUUUUCGGAAUUGAGAACAAUUUAUUUUUGAGGGGAUGUUAUGAACGUUUAUCAAUUGGUGAUAUCCCCAUAAUUUUAUAUAAAAUGUAUGCAUAUAAUUACUGUUAUCAAUCAAUAAACGGCACCUCAGCUAACAUUUCAUAUUAUGCCUUCUCAGGUUUAACUGCGGUGAUCUGUUUUGCCUCGGCAACAAGUUUAAAUAAUGCAACGAAUAUCAGUUCAGAUUCUAGCUUCAAUUCAUUAUAUAACUUUAUAGGAAAUGAUACGUAUUAUCCAAAUACAGCAACGGAUAAUCGAUUUUCACAAGUUUUAUUCUCUCCAUAUUUCAGAGAAACAGCAAACUGUGUUUCUGAUAGCGCGGGAUCAGAUUCAUGGGUUAAUUUAUCUUACACACUUAAUAAUACUUAUAAUGAAAUGCGCACAGUUUUACUUUAUGUCAAAAGUGGUACUGUUGUUCGUGAAAAAGAAGGAUUUAUAUGCUCACGUAAUACAGCUAAUUACUCUUCAAUUCCAAAUACUAAAUCAUACAUUACAGAUACAAUUACAAAAUUUAGGAAUACAAAUCCUAACGCACUUAUUCAAGUGUUUGAAUAUCCGCGUAUAUUUAAGUAUUUCGGCUAUGGAGCUGUUUAUGAACUUGCGAACUAUUCAUAUUUUGCCAAUGCGCCAUUAGAUGACAGAUCUCCGAGAGAUUUGUCCAGAAGAGGCGGUAUUUCAUAUAAAUGUGCUGCAAAAUCAUGUCAAGGGCAUACAUUUAUUGAUAGAAGAACUGAUGAGAGACAGGAUGUUCAUGACUACGUAUACAAAGCUACAGUUUAUUCCCAAAUCGCUAACGAUGCUCUUAAUGCCCUUCCGAAUGCUUCUUAA